GGAAUCAGUUUUCGCUUACAGAGAGGGAGAGUAGCACCACAGACAAAAGAAAAGGAGGAGAGAGGAAUUAUCAAAAAAGGAAAAAGAGGAGAGAGAAACUAGAGAGAGAAUUAGGGCUGAAAAUGGGGAGGAAGAAGGUGGAGCUGAAGCGAAUCGAGGACAAGAGCAGCCGCCAAGUGACCUUCUCUAAGCGCCGCAACGGACUCAUCAAGAAGGCUCGCGAGCUCUCUGUUCUAUGCGACGUCGACGUCGCUCUCCUCGUCUUCUCCAGCCGCGGCAAGCUCUACCACUUCUCCCGACGUAAUGAUUUGGCCAGUGUACUGGAGCGUUAUAAUAAGCGGUAUGAAGAAGACAACUGCAUCAACAAUGGAGCUAGUUAUGGCGCUGAAAGUGCAAAUUUACUGUCGCACUCUGAGAUACACCAAAUAGUUAAAAGGUAUCUUGGAGAUUCAGAUCUUGAGCAACUAAGUGUACCUGACCUGGUGCAACUCGAGAAACACCUUGAUGUUGCACUUGCACAAACUAGAUCUAGGAAGACACAAUUCAUGAUGGAAUCAAUAGUUUUCCUGCAGGACCAGGAAAAGAUGCUGAAAGAAGAAAGGGAGCAGCUACAAAAAAAGAUUGCAGCAAUGGAAGCUGGAAUCAAUGACAAUGACAACAACAAUAACAAUAACAAUAACAAUAACCAGCCGGUGAUAAGGAUUGAUGAAGAUAACGAUUUUUCGUCUCAAUCGCCGCAACAUCCAACGCUUCAUCUGCUUCACAUGUAGACCAUGAAAUAUGUCCUUAUCACUUCUAACACCAGCCACGAAGCCAACCUUUCGAACAACCUUAAGAAAAUGUAUUGCAAUAUGGUCCAUCAGAAAUAAGCUAAGCGCUAGCAAGCGUUUCCCCUACUGCCAUAAAAUGCUUCUACUCUAA